GAAGUUCGAGGCUAGUAGACUGCGCAUGUGGGAUGAUGGGUACGACAAGUGACUUGACGAAGAGUGCUGCACGAGACCUCGUAUCAUCAGUGGACACAUUUCUUAUUGACUGUGACGGCGUCAUAUGGUGCGGAAAUGAAGCCGUCGAGGGAGCACAAGAAGCUAUAGCCCAAUUGAGAAAACAGGGCAAGCGUGUGUUCUUUGUGACUAACAACAGCACCAAAUCAAGAAGGCAGUAUGUUCAGAAAUUUUACAAACUUGGCAUUCAAGCAUCGGUGGAGGAGGUGAUUAGUACGGCUUAUGUGGCUGCUCAAUAUUUGACUGAUAAUGUUGGAUAUCAUGGGAAAGUUUAUCUCUUGGGUGGAGAAGGAUUAAAAGAAGAGUUUGAUGAGGCAAAGAUACCGUACAUUGGACCGGGAUCUAGUUAUUUUUCGUCUGAUCACACUCGCAUUGCAUCUCUGUCAUGCCACAGAAAGGCAGUGUCGCCAGAAUGUCUUGAAUUUCUGACUGUUCUUACCAUCUUCAGGGACCAAAGUGUUCCACAACGAGUGGAAUGCAGUUGGAAGAAUUCCCCCAUACAUCGAAAUCAUUGCUGUACUUCUUGGUUUUCUGUUUCUCUCUCAUCGUUGCUGCAACCCCAUCUUCAGCAGCUGUUUGGGAGAUGAUUUCGUUUUGCCAAGGAUGAUCUACUGAGUUAUCAAUUUCAAUUUCAGAACCAGAUUGAGAAUCAAAGCUACGGUAGUUGGUCUGUCAUCGCUGUUGCUGUAUCAUUUUCUCGGUUCUCUGUGAUGGUUUAUCUUCAGAUCGUUUAAGCAAUCUCUCCGGUAUAUUGGCUAAUGACUCAUGAGUCAAUACAGGACCACCAUCUGUCUUGCAUGUGAUCAGGUGAUAUCCAUCAGGAUCGAUAUCUUUUGCACAUUCACAUUUUGUGAUGAUAGAGCUUUGCAUCCCAACCUUACCUGUGUCGCUAAGAAAAAAUCAC